AUGUCGCCCGCAGCUCCGCCUCGCAAGCGCUCUAAGACGUUCACGGGGUGUUGGACCUGUCGUGCGCGGAAAAUCAAGUGUGACGAGGCCAAGCCUGAGUGCCACCAAUGCUCUGACAAAGGGGUUCACUGUGAGGGCUACUCAGCUCGCCUGCAGUGGCUUACUCCCGCUACUCAUGAACGAAGACCCGAUACCGAGGACCCACUGCGAGCUCCCAUCAACCAGUCCCUCAGGCGUCUACUCCCCACAGACUCUCUGGAGCCUGGGGUCAACCACUCAGAAGAUAUCAGUGCCAGCAUCAAGAAUUUUGGUGUCUUUAGUUUGGACCAGCAAUCGGCGGCCAGUCGAACCAAUGACCGCAAUAUUCCAUCUCCCGCGUCUGGCGUGCUCAAUGCCUCUGAGCAGGUCGAGUUCGAACAUCCUUGUGACUCGAUAGCAGGAUCGAGACAUCUGCCCACAUGUUCCGAGGCACAAGCACCCUGGCCCAUUGAUACGGGAACGGCCGUCACCUUUUCUCCCUGCCAGCAGACUUUAGAGUCCGCCAACAUAGCUGCCUACAUCACGUCAGGAGAUGAUUCAAGUCUUCAUCUCACCCCGCCUGAUGUUGGUCCAGAAGAAUCUCAUGACCUGAAAGGGUUUAUCCCAUCCGACCACGGCGAUGGGGACCCGACUAAUCAGGCAGAGCAAUAUCUGCCACUUCUUGGGACCGUAACAAACAGUCUAGUGAUCCCUCCACAGGAACGGUACUUGAUGAGUCACUAUAGCAACCAAGUGGUGAAUCUGUUCUGUGUGAUUGACAACGCUAAAAGCCCCUGGAAGACCAUUCACUUGCCCCGGGUGCUGCAGUGCGCAGGCGAGCAGAGCUUCGGUGCAACCACUACGCGAAUUCGUGAUGCACUGAGAAAAUGCUUGCUCUCGAUCAGUGCAUUCUAUCUAUCCAAUGAACACCGAGCCAACCAUCGGGACCUUGACGCAAAAAACUGGGGCACUGUCGCGUCAAGAUAUCGAUGCGAUGCCAUUGGAUUACUUAAAUACGCCGUUGAGACGGAUCUCUACGCCGAUAGGAGACCGAAAUAUAAGGAGUUCCUCGCGACUAUGUUGUCUAUGAUUACAAUCAAUGUGAUGUCCGGCGAUACCAGUACGUGCAGUGUUCAUCUCGAUGGCGCCGAAAGACUCAUCAACUUCAUGAAUGACCGCAAGGCUACAUACUCCCGUAAAGCCAAAUCACUUCACCGCAUCUAUCUUUACUUGCGGGUGAUAUACGAAAGCACCGCCUCAUCUCCUCCACCAAGUGGAGCCUCGCGGUUUUCACCGUCCUUGGGCUGCACCAAGACGUUUGGUCCUGAAGCGGUCUCCCCAAAUCACGCUCGUUAUAUAGAAGACGAGAAUUCGCCCGCCUUCAAUCUACCCUUGGCGGAAAGCAUGAUGACGGACGAGGGUCCGUUGCCGGGACUGUCGUCGUAUGAAUGUAUCUACGGCAUCCCAUUGUCACUCCUGAUUCUUCUAAAAGAAACCAUCGAAGUAAUCGACCAGGUCAAAGGCCACCACGCCGAUACCGAUAUCCUGUUUAUUCCGGAUCAUCUGGCUCAAAUUUGCGACGAGAUUGAACAGAAGAUCAUGGAUUGGCCCCUCAAAGAUCCUCUCGACGCAAACCAAGGUUCCAGAAACAGAACCAGCGUAACAAUUAUUUACCAUCAAACCAGAGCCUUUCUUAAUGCCCUUAUUAUUUAUUUUUCACAGGGUGUCAGAUUCAUGAGCCAUCGCUACUUACGACAAUACGUUGACAAAAUCUUGGACAGUAUCGAAGCCAUUGAACAGCUCAAAGCGGAAACGAAGGUCCUCGCUGCUCCGCUUUUGUGGCCUGCAUUUAUGGGAGCCGUAGAGGCCUUUGAUCACAAACACCAGGAACGCUUCCGCCAGUGGUAUGCAAGAGUUGAAGUUUAUGGAAUCGAAGCGACUAGAACCGGUAUCAAAGUCGUUCAUGAAGUUUGGAGACGGGGACCUGCAAACUACCGGGAACGGACUUCAGGUUGGCGUGAGGUUGUAAAACAAGGAGACGAAUGUCUCAUGUUGACGUGA